UAAUUGUUUGGUUUCUAGAUGUUUGCUGAAUGUACGGUUUAGAAAAUAAAAUAUUGAAUUUAUUGUAGACACUCGAAUGGACACAAGCUCGUUUGUAUGAAAAAGGUCUUGUCACUGGAAUUAGUACAAAAUCAUUAACAAAAUGUAUUGCUUAAGUUGGAACUCACACAAAAAUAAUAUUUGUAAUGGAUUUGCCCAAUUACAACAGAAAGAAGAAUUUGUAGAUAUGACCUUAGUAGCUGAAGGUCAUUUAGUAAAAGUUCACAAGAAUUUAAUUUCUUUGGCAAGUCCUUACAUCAAAAAUGUUAUACAAUCAGUGCCAUGUGAACAUCCUACAAUUUUCUUGUCUAAUGUCACACAUGAUGUAUUGUACAAUCUUCUAGAAUACAUAUACACUGGUGAAGUCUGUGUAAAAAUUGAAAAACUUAGUGAUUUCUUAAAAGCAGCUAAGGAACUACAAUUACCUGGUAUUGGGAAUGACUUGUCACAUGCAGCAACUUUGAGCAAAAGGCAGUGUGAAAAUGCUGCAGAAUCAUUACCUGUGGGGAAAAAGAUUAUCAUAGAAAAUAGGCCAUUUGAAUACAAUCCAAGCGAUGCUGCUAUUGACUCAAACAUUGAUGAUAUUUCACAUAUAAAAAUACCACCAUCACAGAGUGCUAAUAAUAGUGAUUUGCCACUUGUAGAGGUUUUGAGCAAUGGAAACAUUCACAAUGUCUCAGAAGCCUUAGAUAGUUUGCCUAAUAAUAAAAUUCAGAGUUUAGAAAACAGGCGUUUAGAGUAUAGAAAAAGUGAUGCAGCUAACGAAAAUAUUCUAGGCAUUGAUGUGGCACUGACAGAUAAUGCUACUAAUAAUCACAGUUUGCCAUUUGCAACAAGUUCGAUAAAUAAACCCAAUCAAAAUACUUCAAAAGUCUUACCUAUAGUGACUGAUAUUCAAAUAUUAGAAAACGGGCACCUAGACUAUGGAACGAGUGAAGCGGCCAUUGAAACAAUGAACAAUUUGUUACAUAGAAAUGUCACAUCCUCAAGUGACGACAAUAAUCAUAACGAUUACUCUCAAUCUGUAAAUGUUAUGGAAGUUGACGAUGCUGAUAAUUUUGAUGAGUAUUUAAAAUUCCCUGGUUCACAAAGAACACCAAACCAAAAAAUUGUGACUGUUAAGAAAAACAAAGUGACUAGUCAACAUACUAAAAAAAUAGAAGUCAACAAACCUGUCAAUAAAGAAACGCAGCUUGAGUUUUCUUUGGCUAUUGACACUGACAUUAUGCCCCAGCAAUAUACUGUCUCAAAUAGGGGCUCUUUACAAAUGAUACUCAACCGUUACAUAUAUAGGAUGCACUUCAGCGCAAAUGGUGGAGUGAAACGCCGGUGGCGGUGUAUAGACCAUCGUGCAUUGCGUUGUGGAGCUUAUAUUGAUACAGUUAAUGAUAAAAUAACUGAGAGAAAAGUUUGCCAUUCACAUGCAUUUCACGAUAACAAAAUAUUGAAGAAGAUUAAAGCCAAUUUGGUUUUCGGUACCUUAAGCACAGCAUCGGAUGAAGCGAAAAAAUUGAACAACAUGAAAGAUGAAGUGGAUAUUACAACAGAUUUAAAUUGUGACUGAGUCACAAAACUUUGAGAGAGACUCAAUAAAGAUAUUAAAAAUU